AUGGACAACAAAUGGAAUAUAUUUGUUAUCGCUGUGGUAUCUCUAAUUUUCAUCCCAUUGACAGAACAAGAGGCUGCUUUUCCUGGUUGCUAUGAUGAUCCUAUCCCUAGCUUCAAUGGCACCUGUCCUACUCCCUACAUCAAUCCCGGUGAAUAUGACCGGAAUGGUGUGACCCCUGACCUGUGUGUCGCCCUCUGUGACUCUACAAAUUACAGCCACGCAGUCCUGAAGUCUGGCAAUGCCUGCUUCUGUCUGCAGGGUUCACCAUUGGAUGAGCUUGGCUCCAGCCACAACACCUCAUCAUGUGACCAGUCAUGUGACUCGUCCCCCUCUCAGUCAUGCGGAGGAGACAGACUGGUGUCGGUUUACGAUGCACCCUUGAGGCUGGAUGGAGUCCAGAUUCGAGAACUUCAGAAUCAGAGCGCAUUUCCUGCGUUUGAACCUGUGACCUUCACCCUCACCAACCCUGCCACCUGGAACCAAACCGACAACCAGACAGUGACCAUCGACAUCAGCUUUGAUGAUGACUAUCCGUAUCUCUACAAGGGGCAGUGGCGUGAGGAAAUGCAAUUUGAACAUACCUUUACGGAACCAGGUAUACAUGCCGUACACUUCAGACUGCUCCAAGCAGGACCAGGAACCGACUGGGUCCAACCAGUGUCCAUCGUCAUCCCCAUCAGCGACGUCUCUAUUGCCUGUCCCAACCGUAACCCGGGGAUACAAAGCUACGACUGUGACAUCACCGUUGCUAUGGGAAGCGGCAUGCAGAUGUCGGCCUACUUCGAGGAGGAUGCGGUGUUGGAUAGUUUCAACGUGUCAGAUUCUCAAGUUGAGUAUGUUGGAGUGAAUGCCUUCGCCCCUGAUGAUUCUUCUACAACACGAUCAAAGAUGACUCUUGCACCUCCUACUCAAUCAUUUGGAGAGCCGUUGAGUCCUGUACCUGUGGAUGAACGUUACAUUAAGGCCAAGGAUCCCGUCCUUAAAGAUGGCUUGCUGGUUGGAUUCGAUUUCGAUGUACAAGUUUCAGGAAAUGUUGUCCUUGAGGUUUUUCGCCCACUGGCAAAUGAGAGCAUGAAAUGCGAGAACAAUACAAAACCUGAUGGAGCAGUUCUGCCAGUGUCUACAAGCUACAGCUGCCAGAACCAAGGAGGUUUCAGCUUCACAAAGAGAGCAUGCAUUAACCCCACUCCUGAUGCCACUCUACCGACUCUCCUGACAACCUACAGAUCGGUGAUCAGUUUUAACGUGACCCUUCCGUCCCUCGGAAGAUACUUUGUGUCUCUGGACGAGCAGGACAGGUUAGAAGUCCGCAGAGGAGACCUCCUGGCGCUGAUCCCCAAGUCGGCAGCGAUCGUCAGGCGGGCAACAGCAGCGGACCGGGAGUUGUCCCCUGUCAACGGCAGACUCACAGGGGAUAGCAUCUUGGAGUAUGAUGGUGUCACGUCUGUGCCUGGGGAACAUCAGUGGAGGGCUUUGGUGGUGCUGCCAUCUCGUAUCUGGGUCAGGAACACCAACAUCGGGAUGUGGGAUACCUCCUGGGUGAACGUGACCUUGACAAACCCUCUAGGAGAGAAGAUGAUGUCCGCUCUGGCUCCGGCACCGUACCCAGGGAUAGAAAUUGUCACACCACCUUAUGGCUUGGUUGGUGAUAACAUCUUUCUUGAGGCCAUCUUUGACAUACAACUGGACAAGUUUUAUUGGAGCUUUGGAGAUGGUGAAGAGACCUUGAUGAACCUAUGCAACGUGGUGUACCACACCUGGACUGAGCCUGGACUGUACAAUGUCACCGUAGAGGGGAAGACCCCCCAAGGUUCUGGCAUUUUGAUGACAACCUUCCUUGUGACCCACAAUCCUCCAUUGCCCAACAUCACUCUGAAUGACACAGGUUCUUCUCAAGAAUAUGAUGAUGAUGGUUCUCUUAAAGUAUCAGGAGAUGUGUCUUUGUCAUGGCAUGUCAACUAUGAAGCUACCAAUGUCACUUACGAAGUUAGUCUAGGGAAUGCUUCUGAGGUUUCCAUGGCAGUUUGGGAAGGGUCAUCAGAGGUCACUGUAGCAUCUGCUUCUGUGGGGAUCUGUGGGGAUCUCAUCAACAUCACUCUCAAACAUGAAGAUUGGGGUGCAACAUUGAGUAUUUUUUCAUCGUCAUCGUGCAUGCUACCAGUUUCCAUAGUAUCCCAGAAUGCAUUUGGCAAUGACACUCUAUUACUUGACUUGUACAUUCUUGAGGCUAUCACAGAGAGUCCAAUCAUCAAUGUAACUGCCAAUUUCAGUGAAGUAGGAGAAGAUCGAUUUGUGGCACACGAUGAAGAUAUGAUCAUUGAUAUUGAGAUUAUAGAUGGCAGAGGAAUCAUUGUCAAUAUCUCUUUAAACGAUGCCAACAUCACAAGCACCUGUUUUGAUUGGCUAGUGCUUGACCGCAGGGCCAGAUGUGUCCUGAAGGUGUCGGACUUGGAGCUCGGGACCUACAACCUCAGAGUGCAAGUGAGCAAUGAAUUCUCUCCAGUGUAUGAAUCGUCAGUGAAUUUCACAGUCGAGAUGAAGAUUGAAAACUUGAGGGUCCAGGUGGAUAACCUGGUAGAGCGCGACCAAGAUGUACCCAUCUGCGUCUAUGGAGAUCAGGGAAGCUCUGUUAAGUAUAUCAUCCAGAUCUCGGAUGGGACAAACCUGACAGGAACUACUGAUCGUUUGUCCACUAACUCUUCAUGCCAGACAACAGUACAUCAGUUCCCUGUACAAGGGAGGUUAUCUUUAGUUGUUACAGCAAAGAACGAGAUCAGCCAGGAUAGUGUCGUUGAGAUGGUCGUUGUAAUGGCUCCAGUCUAUACCCUGAUCAUCAAUGUCCAAGAACAGGUCAAUCUCAAUGCUUCUCAGAUGGGGUAUGCUGUUGUAACAAUAGAUUACGAAGGCCUACCUGCUCUGCAACCUGUGGAAGUUAAAUUGAAUGUCACUCUGAUCAAUACAGCCGACAAUUCAUCAAGUACACUUGACUUUGCAGUAUCAGAAGAUAGCCCUUUUCCAGUGACUUUCCAAAUUCCCUUCUUUUCAAGUGGAAUUUUUUUGUAUGAGUACUUCCUCUUCAACAAUGUGAGCUAUGUUACAUCGACAGGGGAAAUCAUUGCUGGUUCUCGGAUACAGAAUGCAACAUUUAAUGUCAACAGUCUAACAGUUUGGUCUGGUGAGACGGUCAAUUUUACCAUUGCCCUUGUAGCCGGAACAGAUUUGAUCUACACUGUUGACUUUGGGGACGGUUCAAUCAUCCAGUCUAGCAACAUUACCAAUGAACUUCAGAUGAAGUUCAGCCAUGUAUUUUCAGCUUGUUGGACACAGGAUUUUGAGGUCAUCCUUAGUGUGAAAAACAGCAUGAGUAUGGCUGAAGAAACCAUCACUCUCUCUGUCAUUCCAGCAAUGUUUUCUGUUGUCAAUGACAGUCCCUUCGGGAUUUCUGCCCCACCAUAUCAGAUCGUCCAGGUACCAUUCCUUCUCUUUCGUGCAAAAAACUUCUCUGUGCCUGAUGAUGUUGUGUACCUUGCAGACUUUGAUGAUGGUGUUGGAGAGCGGGAACUUCAUUUGACCUUUGAAAACUCCCCAUCUUUGGACACCAGCACAGCCACCCAUCUUGUUACUGUCUGGAAGUCGUUCACGGCCCCUGGAGCAUUCAACGUCACGUUUGUAUUCAACUCUUCUGCAGUCUUUCAGGAAUGCGAGAUCCCUGUUGAAGUGUUCGAGGAAGUGUCCAACCCAAGGGUUGAUUUCUUCUUCACCAGUGGGGAUGUCACCGACGAAGCCAUGGAUGAGACUGCCUUUGGAACCGGUGGUGACCAUGUACCUCUUGAUGCUGCAGUUGUAGUCCAAGUUGUUACAACAGGUGGUACAAACUUAUUCUAUGAAUGGUCUUUUGGAACUGACAAUGACUCUGCUCUCCUUGAGCUUCCGCCUAGUUAUUGGAAAGGGGAGUCCCCUCGCAACUUCUGGAAGUUCAAAAGGCCAGGUUCCUACCUGGUUUCAGUCAACGUUUCCAAUGCUGUCAGUUGGGUAGAGAAUUCCGUUACAGUGGUUGCUCAGUCCAAAGUGUCUGGUCUUUCUGUUGAAGGACCAGGUAUCGAUGUUGCCAAUAAAACGUUGUUGUUCACACUCCGUUUCUCAAGUCUACCUACAGAAGCAUGUGUCUUGUUGGACUUUCAAGACCUGUCAUCAAGACCAUCGUAUUUGGCAGGAGCUGGUGAUUCUAGUUGUGCCACUAUGGAUUUCCGCUUGGCAAGCACCCUCGAUGACAGGCCACUUCAGAUACUCGAUCUGACGCAAAUGUGGAAUGAUGACCAGACAUCUAUUGAUGUGUACAAUGAAUUUGGUGCCACAGGGGCAUUCACUGUGAAGGUCCUUGUUCAAAACACUGUAUCACAAGAACAAACUUCCAUUGAACAGGUUAUCAGGAGUCCUGGAUGCCAUCCUCCGGUCGUCACUUUUGGACAUACUGGUGAACUCUCCAACCUGGUAUCUCAAAGACUUAGCGUCCAGACAACAUUAUCAAUCAACUGUACAUCGUCCAACCUGGUUUACUACAUGUGGCAGGUGUUCUUUCUUUGGGACAAUGGCACUCUAGAGGAAGUGGCACUUCCUUCUUCUGUUGCUUCAGAAGGUGCUACACUGUCAAAGAUUGUGAUCCCUGCUCGCACACUCACUCCUGGGAACCAUGUGAUAUCUGUCACUGUAUCAAUCCAGGAUGAGCCUGGAUUGGCGACCAUUGCCACCACGAAUGCAUCGAUUGCUGCCAGUGAUCUUGUGGCAAAGAUCAACGGGGGUGAUCAACGGAUCGUGUCCUACCAGGUGGAUGAUCCAGUCACGGAGGCCUUGACAACACAGAGUUUCUAUGUGGAUGGUUCAUUAUCCUCUGACCCUGACAAGGACCCACAGGAUCACUUGGGAUGGACGUUCACGUGGCAGUGCAGAAGGAAGAGGUACACCCUCGCCAAUGGCACAAUCAUCAACGAUCUUGAGACCUUUCAGCAGUGGAAUGAGGACUUCUCCAUGCUCCGGUCUGACAGUGUGGUCAAUCCUGACUUUGAGAAGGAAGCAUCUGAUGUUGGAGGGUGCUUUGGACGUAAUGGAGGACCUUCUAAUGCAUCUUUGCCGGGAGGUCUGCUAUCAGUCCGGUCAGGAAUCUUCACUGUGGAUACACACUACCUCUACCCCAACAUGGAGUACGAGUUCAAGCUCUAUGUGUCUGAUGGAUCCAGGAGUGCCACUGCUCUUCAAACCCUCUACGUAGUGGAUGGCUUCAUACCUGAUGUCUAUCUGAAGUGUAAAGCCAACUGCAGGGACAAGAUCAACCCUCAGAACCGAUGGGUCAUGGGAGUAGUCUUGUCUCCAGCUGCUGAUAUCGUUGUCAACCAAACUGUCUACUACAAAUGGGAUCUGUCAGUAUACCAGAACAACAUGAAGCAGUUGUUGUCUCCAGAUGCAUGGCUGCCCUAUACUUCGCUGUCCAACCAGACCACGACCUCGGCUGACCAUUUGUUGGCCAUCAAGAGUGGAUUCUUAGAGGAAGGCAAGCAAUAUGAGAUAAGUCUAAUGGCCUCCUACUCACCUACUUUCAAUAUCAAAGCGGAUAUGUCAAUGACCCUUGACAUCAAUGCUCCUCCGUACGGUGGCACCUGCUCCAUCACUCCUCUGGAAGGCACCGUGGCGGUGACCAAGUACUCCUUUGCCUGUCAGGAUUGGAUGGUGACAGAUCAAGACUGCUUACCUCUGCUCUAUGCUGUAAGGGCGAAGGUCAGGGGUGUCGCGGAGACGGUGUCUCUGAGUACCCAGGAUACCAGUGACGUCUGGCCUCUGAUUUACUCUGGAACGAGCCCUGCCUCUUCAGAUCUAUUCUUCUCCACUGGAUUAUCCGGCUAUGACUACAUUGUUGAUGUCAAAGUGCAGAUCAGUGAUAUCUAUGGAACCUAUGCCUUGGAUUCCAACAUGGAAAUCAGGGUACAUCCGUUCAAUGAGGCAUUGUCUGGUGAUCUGGCCGACACCCUUACCGACCUGACAAACAGCAUGGUUUCAGAAGCAUCUACGGGAUACUCUGACUACGCUACCAGUUAUGCUAGGGUCAUCUCAGACAUCCUUAAUACAGAUUCAUCAUCUGGAUCAACUCAGCCUGAUGAGACAUCAUCAAAUAGUGCCCUGAGUUCAGAAAUCAAGAUGGGGAUAAGGGAGAAGAUGGUGACUAUUCUAGAGCCUGCUGCCUCAUCUUCUAUCUCUGUCGAUGAUGUGGACCAGAUCUCAUCCGUACUGAACCUAGCAACUGCUGUGUCAAGUGAGGUCUCCACCACAACACAGGUAAUUCUAUUCAUGAGUGGAUGGGAUGUUUGGGGAAGAAGAAAGUGA